GCCUAAACCCCACCGACCGACUCCGGCGGAGAAGACGACGACGACGACACCGUGAACUUGUACCUAACGCUGUAAGGAUGGUUUCCGCGGCCACCUUGAUCCGGUACACGCUUAACAAAGGCGAGUAUGUGUUUUCUCUCUGCAAAAAGAACUACUUAGCAGGACAUAUCAACGAAAAAGAAGCAGGUGAUGCCAUGGCUAAGCAUUUCUUUCUAGGAAAGUUAACAUUCUUGCAGCAUUAUUUCAAUAAAGGGGAGGAAAUGUCACCAACGAUAGGACCUCAGGGUGGAACCCUUCUUGUUCGGAAGAUAGCUAUACCAAAUCCCAUGUAAUCUUUUGUCAAGCAAAGUAUAUGAAAAGAGAGAAGUAAAAAAGUGCCAGUCAUUGAUAUGUGCUUCUUGCUUAAAAUAAUCAUUCCCAUUUUUAGUAGCCCCUUCGUCCCAGAACAAUUUACCCAUUUUGACUUAACAAAGAUUAAGAAAAGUGUUCAUAAGAUGUUAAAAAGAUGUAAAAAAGUGAAAAGGGAUUGGUUAGAAUUUGUUUAGAAAAGAGAGAAGUAUUUUGGACCACAUUCUUUUUCAAAAAAGGAAAGAGAAAAAGUGGGUAAAUUAUUUUGGGAAAGAUAAAAAGAAAGUGGGUAAAUUAUUCUUGGAAAGAUGGAGUAUAAGAAAGGUUCUUAUACUGAGAUGUAUUGGUGAUUGACUCUGAUACAAGGAAUGCAUUGGACUUCGCUAUUUCCUUGAAAUGAUCUUUAAUGCUAGCAUAAUAGCAUUUCAAGUUAAAGGUUUGAUCUCUAUUAUUUUGAAGUUUACUCCUAACCUUUGGCAUGAGGCAUGAUUAAUAAAUGUUUGAAAAUUUUACGUUCCUUGUCCCAUGGCUUUCUGUUAUGCACUUGCCUUUGUUUAUUUUAAAUUGGAGAAUUUUUAAUAGUCCUGAAAAUAAAUUAAUUUCAGUUAAAAUAUACAACCCGCUAUUGGGUUCAAUCACGUGAGAAUCUGAUCUUUCUUUCACAGGCAUGUUUUUGUAGGAGAUGUUGUAGUCCUUAAGGACCCUGUCAAGUCAGAUGAUUUUCUGGUUCGAAGAUUGACUGCAAUUCAAGGAUAUGAGAUGGUGUCAAACGAUGAAAAAGAUGAACCUUUUGUUCUUGAAGAAGAUCAGUGCUGGGUAGAAGCUGACAAUGGAAACAUAAAGCCCAAGGAUGCAUAUGACAGCCGUACUUUUGGGCCGGUAUCCAUGGCGAACAUUGUUGGUAGAGUUAUUUACUGUCUAAGAUCAGCAGUCGACCAUGGCCCCAUCAAUAACAGUAAAUUUGGCGCUACGAAGGAUUAUCCCGUGCUUGAAGUUGAGUUGGAUGUGGAGGAGAUGAUCAAGAAUCACAAAGAAUAGUAUUCAUAAAUCCUGUUUGGCUUUCUGCAAUAUAAUGGCUUUCAGUUUGGGAUAAGCUUGCUUUCAGAGGGCUGGCAUUUGUGGCAUUGGAGCUAAGACUUUGAGAAACUAUCUCUAUGGUAUGUUUGGGUUGGAUCUCUGAAAUUUCUUGGGUAGGAAAAUGUUUAAGGAGAGUUAUUUAUUCAAUGUUUGGUUUCAUGUCUGGAAAAUGCCAAGGAAUGAAAAUAAAAACUGGUUACUUCU